AUGAUAUUUCAUUUAAUAGUACCUUUUUUAUUAUUUAUCAUAGGAAUUUUUGGUAUUUUCCUAAGUAGGAAAAACAUAAUAUUAGUAGUAAUGUCUUUAGAGUUAUUAUUGUUAUCUAUAAAUUAUUAUUUAAUUUUUUUUUCAUAUUUAUUAGACGAUUUAUUAGGUCAAGUUUUUUCAUUGUUAGUACUGAGUGUAGCAGCAUCUGAGUCUGCUAUCGGAUUGGCUAUAAUUAUAUCUUAUUACAAAUUAUAUAAAUGA